AUGAGUCGUCUGCUCCCAUUUCUUGAGAAUCUCCCCACAGAGAAAGCCAACACAGUUUGGCCUUUACUGAAGAUGACAAAACCCAUACAUUUGGGCUCUUCAGUAAUCGAAUGAUUUUCAUGAAUGGAAAGGACGUCCACAGACCAACAUUUUACACAUCAACCAACCAAUGUGCUCUUUGGUCCAGUAUUGAUAGGAAGCCACUGAGUAAAACAUAUACUGCAGACGAGAUGAACACACCUCCAUCCAUGUGCUUUAACUGACUACUUUGUAGCCCAGGACUGGACACAAGACUGGACACGAGACUGGACACAAGACUGGACACAGGACACAAAGCCAAGAGAGCAACAAAGCAAAGAGAAAUAUACAAAAGGAGUAACAGAGAUAUGUACAGAAGCUACUAACGGAGUACGAAAGAGACAUCUAAAAGAUAACAACAAAGAUGGACACCCUGGAUCCCUCUGCUCUCCCAGGUGCCACCACCGCCGUGACCUAUGACUCCAAAUCAGAGAUGGUGACCCUACCAGGAGGGGUUGUCUCCGUAGCAGGCAUCACCGUCAUAACCGGGGGCGCUGAACUGUCCUGUGGCUCCUGCAUGCUAGCCUUUGGUGUUUGGGGCACUCUGAUUGGCCUAAGCGUGGUUGCCCUGGGUAUCUGGGACCAAUCAGUGCAGGUCGGGGGCCGGACCUCGCACCUCCUGGGGCUGGGAUUGGUGGUUCUGGCUAUCAGUUUUGGGGUGGUGGGCAGUGUGGUGGGCUUUCGCUUCCUGACGAAGAGGAGGAGAGAGAUAACGAAGGAGGAGAGGGAGGAUGGGAAGGUGGUGCUCAUAGGGGAGAGAGGGAGGAGUGUUAUAAAAACUGUGACUGUGUAAAAAAAUGUAAAAAGAGGGGAUGAGAGAAAUACGUUUUCAAGUUAUGAUUAUUGCACGUAGUGGUCGGGCUGUGUUGCACACUGUCACACUUUAGUAUUAGUGGAAGAACAGUCAUGUUUUAUAUGUAUGUUAUGAAUUUGUUCCACACCAUAAAAAUGUAUUUUGGUUGAGUAAUUUGAAGAUUAAAUAUUUGACAAUCUCUGGC